UGCCGGGAGAGGGAGGGACCUGCGGGCCGGAGCGCGAAAGGCACCAGCGGGGCGAAGGGGAGGUGUGCACUCGGGAGCCAGCUGGGGGCUGCGGGCCGGCGGGCAGGCGUGCAGGCGGAGACUGCCAGGCCAGGGGCCGAGGGAACCCGCCCAGACUACCCGCUCUCCCCGCGGCCUUGCAGACGGACCAACGGACAGCGCUGCGUGCGGGAGGCGCCCGGCCAUGUUCAGCCGGAGCUCCCGGAAAAGACUCUCCAGCCGCUCGGUGAGUGUCCCCCACCCGAGCCGGGCUGACCUCCGGGCACCCCCGAGCCGCGGCGUGCUUCCCUGCCCGCGCUCUCUACGCCCCACCGCCUCCGCGCACCUGUGGCCCCAGUUGACCCGACUGGGGCGGAUAGAGAGAGGCCAGCCAUGUAAUGCCUGUGGUGACCAGUGCCCCGGAUUUGCCUUGCAUAAAUGGAGGAAGAUCUGCCUGCACUGCAAGUGCCCUCAGGAGGAGCACAUGGUGACAGUGAUGCCCCUGGAGAUGGAAAAGACCGUCAGCAAACUCAUGUUUGACUUCCAGAGGAACUCAACCUCAGAUGACGAUUCAGGCUGUGCCCUGGAGGAGUACGCCUGGGUCCCACCUGGUCUGAAGCCUGAACAGGUUCACCAGUACUAUAGCUGUCUCCCAGAAGAGAAAGUUCCCUAUGUCAACAGUCCUGGAGAGAAGCUGCGGAUCAAGCAGCUCUUGCACCAGCUACCACCACAUGACAAUGAGGUUCGAUAUUGCAAUUCCCUGGAUGAGGAAGAGAAGAGGGAGCUUAAGCUCUUCAGCAACCAGAGGAAACGUGAAAAUUUGGGUCGAGGAAAUGUCAGGCCUUUCCCAGUCACAAUGACAGGAGCUAUUUGUGAACAGUGUGGAGGCCAGAUUAAUGGUGGUGACAUCGCUGUGUUUGCAUCUCGGGCUGGCCAUGGUGUGUGCUGGCACCCGCCAUGCUUCAUAUGCACUGUCUGCCAGGAGCUCCUGGUGGAUCUGAUCUACUUCUACCAAGAUGGGAAGAUAUAUUGCGGCAGGCACCACGCCGAGUGUCUGAAGCCACGCUGCGCAGCCUGUGAUGAGAUUAUUUUUGCAGAUGAAUGCACAGAAGCCGAGGGCCGGCACUGGCACAUGAAACACUUCUGCUGCUUUGAGUGUGAGACAGUACUGGGCGGCCAGCGCUAUAUCAUGAAGGAAGGAAGGCCCUACUGUUGCCACUGCUUCGAGUCCUUGUAUGCAGAAUAUUGCGACACUUGUGCCCAGCACAUAGGGAUUGACCAAGGUCAAAUGACCUAUGAUGGCCAACACUGGCACGCCACCGAGUCCUGUUUCUGCUGUGCUCACUGCAAAAAGUCCCUCCUGGGGCGGCCAUUCCUCCCAAAGCAGGGUCAGAUAUUCUGCUCCCGGGCCUGUAGUGCCGGCGAGGACCCCAAUGGCUCUGACUCAUCUGACUCAGCCUUCCAGAAUGCCAGGGCCAAGGAGUCCCGGCGCAGUGCCAAAAUUGGCAAGAACAAGGGCAAGGUGGAGGAGCCCAUGCUGAACCAGCACAGCCAGCUGCAGGUGAGCUCCAACCGCCUGUCAGCUGACGUAGAUCCCCUCUCGCUACAAAUGGAUCUGCUCAGCCUGUCCAGUCAGACCCCCAGCCUCAACCGGGACCCCAUCUGGAGGAGUCGAGAAGAGCCCUAUCAUUACAGCAACAAGAUGGAGCAAAACCAGUCCCAGAGCCCUUUGCAGCUCCUCAGCCAGUGCAACAUCAGAACUUCUUACAGCCCAGGAGGGCAGGGGGCUGGGGCCCAACCUGACAUGUGGGCCAAGCACUUCAGCAACCCCAAGAGAAGCUCUUCACUGGCCAUGAAGGGGCAUGGGGGCAGCUUCAUCCAGGAUUGCCGAGAAGACUAUUACCCAGGCCGGCUGAGAUCCCAGGAGAGCUACAGCGAUAUGUCUAGUCAGAGCUUCAGUGAAACCCGAGCCAAUAUCCAGGUUCCCAAAUACGAGGAAGAGGAGGAGGAAGGUGCACUGUCCACCCAGCAAUGUCGGACCCGCCAUCCAAUCAGUUCCCUGAAGUAUAAUGAGGACAUGACGCCUACAGAGCAGACCCCUCGGGGCUCCAUGGAGUCACUGGCCCUGUCGAAUGCAACAGGUCUCUCCACAGAUGGUGGCGCCAAGCGACAGGAACAUCUAUCCCGCUUUUCCAUGCCUGACCUCAGCAAAGACUCGGGAAUGAAUGUGUCGGAGAAGCUGAGCAACAUGGGCACUCUGAACUCAUCCAUGCAGUUCCGGAGCGCGGAGUCGGUGCGCAGCCUGCUCUCCGCCCAGCAGUACCAGGAGAUGGAGGGCAACCUCCACCAGCUGGGCAACCCCAUCGGCUACCGAGACCUGCAGUCCCACGGGAGGAUGCACCAGAGCUUUGACUUCGACCCAGGGCUGGCCAGCAGCAAGCAGGAAGGCGUGAGGAUCCAGCCCAUGAGCGAGCGCACCCGCAGAAGAACUACUGCCCGGGCUGGUGGCGAUGACACCCGGCGCUUCCGCCCCCACCGUUCCCGCCGCUCCCGCCGCUCCCGCUCUGACAACGCUCUCCACCUGGCCAGUGAGCGUGAGGCCCUGUCCCGGCUGCAGGAGCGGCCACCACUCCGAGCCAGGGAGGACUAUGACCAGUUCGUGCGCCAGCGGAGCUUCCAGGAGAGCCUGGGCCACGGGUCCCGGAGGGACCUGUACGGCCAGUGCCCAAGGACUGUGUCGGAUCUGGCUUUGCAGAAUGCCUUCGGGGAGCGCUGGGGCCCGUACUUCACGGAGUACGACUGGUGUUCCACCUGCUCCUCCUCCUCUGAGUCUGACAACGAGGGCUAUUUCCUAGGGGAGCCCAUCCCCCAGCCCGCCCGCCUGCGCUAUGUUACCAGCGAGGAGCUGCUGCACAAAUACAGCAACUAUGGCCUCCCGAAGUCGUCCACAUUAAGUGGCCGGGGACAGUUGCACAGCAGGAAAAGACAGAAGAGCAAAAACUGCAUCAUUUCGUAAUAGGGUUGGGUUCAGGGAAUGGUGUGUGUGUGGGGGGGGAGAAGAUAGGAGCGAAGAAUGUAAAUUCAGAAACUUGCACUGUUUUUUAAAUGUUACAGCGCUCUGAGGAACGUGGUUCCCUGGGAGAGGAGCGGCUGGGGGAGAUGAUACUCUCAUUGAUGGAGGCAAGGUUACAGGCAAGGUUACAGACUACAUAGGUAGUCACAGUUCUUUGGCAUGUUGAAUAUUAUUUGCACAUUUCACUUUGAAAAUGUUAUAGACUCUCUGGAGGCCAGGGUCGGGCACCUCCUUCCCAUGUGUCUGUGCAGUGGCCACUGGCAAGGUGGCGAAUUGUUUCUUGCUCGCUUAUUUCCUCUCUGGUUCUCUUACUUUUAGGACUCUUUUUUUUUCCAGUGAGUAAUUUGUUUAUUAGCCAGGACCCAACACUAAGUUAUUUACAUGUCCAUUGUAAAUGCAAUGUAAAUGAGAGUUCUGAUAAAAUAUUUUUGUAUUUUGUAAUAUCAAAGGAAUUUCUAUAUCGUAGGACUCAGUGGAGACUUGCAUGCAUAUCCAGCAUUGUCCUUGAGUAGUAUUCAAAGGUGGUCAAGGACUACCUUUUUUUUUUUCUUUUUUCUAUACAAAUUUGUUACAUGUCAGUGAGACUUUUUUUUUUUUCUCAAAAAAAGUUUAUUCAGUUUGGCUUCUUGUGGCUGACAAAAUAAUAACAACAACAAUAACUAUUACCCAAAGUAUUUUGUGCUCCAUUCCAUCAUAAGGAGCUAUAUCCUUAAGUCUGUUCCCACCCUCAGUAGAAUUUGUUCUCUACAAAGCGAUAGUGAUUUUUUAAACAAAAUGCAAAUAACUUAUACCAACUAGAGAAACCAGCCAGUGUCUGUAGCAUUCUGUGAGAAACGCUGUCCCUGCUGGGAACGUUGAAGUUGCUUACUAAUGAUCUAUCCUUUGGGAAAAACAAAGCAAAACAAACAAAAAAAAAGUGACUUGUGCGUGGUGCCGUUGUGUCAUGUCAGCAUGACGUUGUUUUUGAGUGUGACAUUCUUUUCUGGUGCUCAUGUGUCCUGGAUUGUAUUAUCUGCUUUCCUUUACCAAGGCAGACAGAACCACUGCCUUAGCCUGACAACCGGUUGUCCUCAGCGCAAAUGAACUUAAGCCAUUAGGUGGUUGAGGGACUGAAAGAGUGUAGAAGACACUGAGAGUGAUGGUGUGUUCUAGAUUGUGUGUCAGAAAAACAAGGUAGUUUGAAAAGAGUAAGCUGGUCAAACGGAGAAACUGAAAGGGAAUAUGAAGGAAUGUCAAGGGGAAGAAUUCUUGGAAAUGAAGUAGAGGAAGAUGACAGGAGGGGUUGUAGCACACACCCUCCCCCCACACACCUCAGUGCUUGUAAAAGGAAUCUAGUUGAAUGUACUCUAUGGCCAGAGUAUCUGGAUGAUGCAGGUAGGUCAAGCUAUUCAAGAGAAUCCCAGUGGAAGGGCCUUGAGACACAAAUUUUGUUGAAAGGUGUAUGUCCAUUUGGAACAUUGGAAACUGCUGGUCAGACAGAAAACAGGCUCUGAAGUGAGUUUGCUUCAAGAAGACAUUUAACGGUUGUGUUAUUUAUAGUAAAACAAUAAAUAAAGCUUCUUACCUGGCUUCAGUUACCAAUGAAGCACUUGCUUUUUCUUCCAUCCUCCUCCUCCCCGUAGUGGAUUGUGGCUGUUGAAAUAAUCCAUUGGAGGACCCGCCUUUAGUGAGAUGUGCUGUCGCUGUGCACACGGUGUAUCUCAGUGGCCAUCUGCCACAGCGAGGUGAGCGUGGUCUCUUUGCAGUAUAGUAGUUAAUAUUUGCUAGUACUUUUUUAUGGAGAGAAUGUGAAAAGUAGCUUUUCAGACACCAUCCCUAUGCAUCUGGGGAAUGAAAGGCUGUAGAGGGUAUGGAAAUGAUACUCCAUUCAGGAUGUACUAAAAUAAUUUGCUUUUCAGGUAUUAAUAUGACAUUUGUCAUUGUCACUGAUUUUUUAAAAAAAAAAAAAAAAAACAAUGCAAAUGUUGGUUGUGGCUGUUUUCCGCAUGCUAUCUUCAUAUCUAAAUGCUUCAUUAAUUAUCCAAGCCUCUGGAGAAUUAGCUCUUAUUAUGUUUGUAUAGUAAGUUUGUAAACUGCUUGGCGAACUGAUUAAGAAAUAAUGUGUAACACCAUGCUACUAAAGUGGCAGGUUUCUGGUAGAAAUUUAGUGAGUCCAAUCUGAACUUCUGAGCACCUUGAUUGAUGAGCAUAAAAAGGAAUUUUGGAGAAAGGAGAGGAAAAAAAAACAAGUUGAACACUUAAUUUAGCAAAUUGCUGAAAAUGUCUGCCCUCGGUGACCUGGAUUCCAAUGAAAGAAAUUCUCCUAGUAAAUGUUGCUUUCUAACCGUCCUUUUCAGAAAAGCUCUUACAUUUCCCAGAUGAGGCAUUAGCCACCAUCAGCAGAAAGGAGGCAACCUAGUAACUAACACAUACCAGUCCCCACAAGAAUCUGCAGGAGUGAGCUUGCUGCCAGAGAGCCUUCAGCAGCUAAACAGGUCAGAGCUUGGGAUAAAGUGAGUGACAAGGCUCAGGGUCCAUUUGUCUACAAGCAAGAUCACCUCAUCUAUUGCACCACUUUAUUUCUUUUCUCCACUCCACCCCACAUGUAACCAGAUGCUGACAGAAGGGGCCUAAAUACUGCCAGGGGCAAGGGAACCUCUGAAUAAACAAGAACUUAGAGCAGGAAGCAUUGUGAUGAUUUCCAUAUAACGUUACAAAUAGCAAUGCAUUUUUUGGGGGGGAGGCAAAAGUUUAAGGAUGUUACCUGAUUCUUCCAUAAUUAAACAUCAGUUCUUUCUAGGUCAAGUUUCACCAAUGAGUGGACUUGGUACUCACUCACCUAUUAGACCGUCAUUUCAUCUUUUCUGUUCUUCAGGAAAGUAAUCUGUUCUCAGCUUCCUCUUUCUUCUAAUAGCAUGUUUGUUCAUUUUCUACCUUUCUCACUGUGGUCUUGUUCUUGUGGUGAAAGCCACAACUUUGAAAUUCUUUCCCUCUUCUGUUGCUCCUCAAUUCAGUGACCACACGAAAAUAGCUUUUCUUCAAGAAAUAGAAGUCACUGGUGUUUCUUCAGUAGCUCUGCUAAUACAUCUCCACCUCCCAUCUCUACAGUGAGCAGGUUUCUUAGUGGCCUAGUACCUUUGAGCCUGGCAUUCAUGAGCUCUGCCCUCUGUCAUAUGGUCCUGGGAUCUCUCCCAAAUGUGAAGGUGAAUGAGGUGGGGGAAGAAAUAAAAUUUUGCUUUCUGGUUUCAUGCAUAGCUAGGGGAAGAAUUCCUAGUGUUGGUUGUUUGGCACCUUCUUUCUUCUCUGCUUUUAUUCUUGGUCUUUCCUUUCCAUGCAUAACCAGCUCUGAAUAAGCAAGUUUGUCCUUCUGAAAUGGGACCUGGACACAGUCUGUUUUCUUGUCAUUUCCCCAUUCCAGAAGAUGUUCCUGUGCUGUACGUAGCAGGAUUGUCUUGGGCUGUCGUGAUGUACUUUUUUUUUUUUUAUGUAAAAAUGUGUCAUGAUGUUUCUGGCAACCCAGUAUUUUCUCCUGGAGCAGCUUCCUGUUUCUUGGGUUCCAUGAGCCAUUGUUGAGUUCAGGGGUGGGGUGGGGUGGGAGGGGGCAGUGUAGCAUGUGUUCUGCCCUCCCUGUACCCUGGAUAGACAUGACAGCAUGUCACUGCAUUCUUACCCAGAUAGCAGGAAUGCAUUUUUUAAGUACAAAGAAAUCUCUGUAACUCUUUCUAUGACCAAUUGAUCAGAAUUGAGCAUAUAUGUCUAAUAGUAAAUCUUUUCUAUGAAUUGAUCUUAAUGUCUUUCUACCCUAGCUCUCUUGCCAUUGUUCCAAAAACAGUACACCAGUCACUUAGUAUGCAUCAUUCUUAAAUAAUUAUGAGACUCCAGUUCCUAUCCCACCAGACUGUAGAUGAUAAAAAUGGCUUAUUCCUUUAGGCUAGAUAUCUUUGGCCUCCUUCUCCAUUAUUGUAUUCUUUGCCAGUAUCACAGGCAGUCUUUUGUUCAUCCUUUUGUAGAGGUCAGAUAAGAAUCUGUCUUAUUCUCCAUCUAAUCCCACCUUCUAACAAGAAAUAACACAAAUAUUUAAAUUCCAAGAAGAAGUGCUCUUGGCAUAUUUCUAACAGAAACCAGAUGCUAACUCACAAGAAAGAGGCUUUCUGUAUGGCAAGGGAAAAUGGAAAUGCUUAUCUGAAUAUUUCAUGCCAGAGGAGUUGCUUUUAUCAACUGUCUAGCAUUUCAGCAGCUUUGAAAUGGGUUUCUUUGGACAGCAUUCUAGGCACAGGACUUAGCCAGGCCUCCUCUGCCAAUUGUGAAGAGUUUCCAAAUGCCACCUUUUGAGGUACAUUUCUUUAAGUACAAGAGAAGUGACAAUGAAGAGAGCUUUGCCUUGCCUGCAGUCUUCCUUUUGGGGCCUCAGCAGACACCAAUUCAUCAUCAAGGUUAGGAUCAUGAAACGACUGGAUUCUCUUUCCAUUUUCUCAUAGUAGCCUAGUCAAUGCAAAGAUCCCACAAAGCAUGGCUCACUGUUGGAAGAUAUACUAUCUUAGAGCCUUACUUCCUACUGCAAAACUUUUCCUAAGGGUAAUAAAAAGGAGAGGGGAAACAUCUUGUAGUGUCAGGAAAGCAUUCCUGUGGUUUAAAUAUCAUAAUUCUAUGGGGAAAGGAAAAACAAGUGUGUUUUCUUCUGUCCUGAAAGUUGUCUAAGGCAUCUCUUCAUCCUGCUAUGCAUUUGAUCAUUUAUCUUUAAAGGGACACUGACCAAGCUUUUCUAAGUUCUUCAAAGAGAGUUACUUACCCACAAGGUCUCUUCUCCAGCCAGUCACAGCCCCUGAGUUAAUAUCCUGAUAUGAGUCCUUCACUUGUCAUAGCAACUUAGGACUUUGGUUGUUUUCUCUUUCCCUAAUAUAGCCUUUCCUCUUCAGGACUGCUUUGUCCAUCUCCCACUUUAAUUCAAAGCGCAGAAAACAAACCUCAAAGGACUUGAGAAGAAGAAGAAGCAGGCCAGUGUCUGCGUUGUAUGUCGAGUGUUGCGCUGUUAAGAAGGUCUGCAGCAGGCCUUUGGUGUGGGCUCUGCCAGAGACUGUUGUGAACACUUUGCUUGAGAUCCAUGCUCUGUAAAAUGGAUAUGAUGUUUUACUGAUGUCUGUAAUACAUUUGUAAACUUCCAAUAAAAUUUGAAUAAAAGAAACAUUGCCAUUCUU